AUGUACGUACUCGGCGUCCUUAUCGUUCUCCUGAUCGCCGUGUCGAUCUGGUUCCCUGGCACCAGGAGCACCGACGCUGUCAUUUCCGGCAUUGGUACGCUCCCAUUCGUCCUAUCCCUGGUCAUCGGUCUGAUAGUGUCCGACAUGCUCAUCAACGGCGUCGGUUGGUUCACCCCGGUCUUUUGCCCGCCCGUCGGCGGGGGCCUCGUCUUCACCUUUGCCGUUGACAACCCGACGCGCACGUGGGACGGCUACGAAAGCAUCCGCAUGGGGCAGGGUAUGCAGCUCACGAGUCUGGCUGCUCAGGUGGUGCUGAACCAGAGGGAUUUCUCAACCGGCGGUUUGCCCAUUCCUGUGAAUGAUAAUGUCGAACGCUGUUAUAUUGUGGACAGGGAUUUCGAUUACGUCUUCUUGGCUUGA